GUUGGUUACGGCAUGUUAAAAGAGGUCAUGCAAGACAUUUUAAUUAGUUGCGGAAGUGUAGCUAAAGUUGUGCAAUCAGCCAGAGUUAAGUCAUCAUAUUGCAAAGCCUUACCGAGAAUGCCAAGAGAAGAUUGCUUUUUGCUGCUGGUGGCUCUGGCUUUGAAAACCGUUGCCGGACUGGAAAAUGGCUUGGCCAGAACACCGCCAAUGGGCUGGAUGCCGUUCGAGAGGUUUCGUUGUGUGACUGACUGCGUAAAGUUCCCCAGGGAUUGUAUCAGUGAGCGACUCUUUAUGCGUACGGCUGACCUUCUGGUAUCUGAGGGAUAUGCGGCGGCUGGCUAUGAAUAUUUAAUAAUCGAUGAUUGUUGGAUGGAAAAGGAACGCAACAGAAUCACAAACGAACUGAUGCCCGACCGAGAACGUUUCCCCAGCGGCCUAAGCCACCUAUCAGCAUACGUAAGUCAAUUAUUAAUCACAAUUUUAUUUUCUGUUCUCGUCUCCGCUUGUCAGAUACACAACAAAAGCUUGAAGUUUGGCCUGUACCACGAUGUUGGAGCGAGGACUUGCAUGCACUUAGGUCCCGGUGCGAAGGGGUUCCAUGCAAUUGAUGCUAAGACGUUCGCCAAGUGGAACGUGGACUACGUAAAGUUGGACGGCUGUUAUGUACAGGGCAUUGACCUGAACAAAGCCUACCCAGCCUUUGGCCAGGCAUUAAAUAAGACGGGUCGGCCCAUGGUUUACUCCUGUAGCUGGCCAUACUAUCAAAAUCAUCCCAACUUCGAAUUGAUCAAAAAACACUGCAAUCUGUGGCGUUUCGCUGAUGACAUUAGAGACUCCAUCGCGUCUGUUGCUCGAAUCAUGUUGAAAUACUAUCGUAUGCAACAGAAUUUGACAAAACAUGCCGGACCUGGCAGUUGGAACGACCCAGAUAUGUUGGUGCUGGGAAAUUUUCAUCUCAGCUAUGAUGCGAGUCGUAUGCAACUGGCUCUUUGGGCUGUGCUCGCAGCACCGCUCAUCAUGUCGAAUGACUUGCAGACAGUUCGACCAGAAAUCAGAGCAUUGCUGCAAAAUCGCGCUAUAAUAGAGGUAGAUCAGGAUCCACUCGGCAUACCUGGCCAGUGCGUUCUGAUUUCGAACAGCAUUCAGGUCUGGCUGCGCCCAGUUAUGCCAACUAACAAUAUUGGCUUACGUUCAUUUGCUGUGGCUUUUGCUAACGUUGGAAACCACGAGGAAUGCCCACUGUGCCCGCUGACAUUUACAAUUGUUUUACAGGAUUUGGGAUUUACGAAUCAAAUGGGCUACACAGUAUAUGACCUAUUUGAUAGCAAACAUAUUUUGGGGCUAUUCAAGCCGAAAGAUGAAUUUACCGUACGUAUUAAUCCCUCAGGAGUUGAGUUCUAUAAAUUUAAACCUGAAGAUAUUUACUAGAUGGCAUAGAUUUUAGAUUAUAGUAAUAUCUUUGAUUUGUUCUAGAUUAUGAAAUCGUAAUUUGUUAUUGAUAUUUGACUAUUUUUUAAUAAUUUCUAAAAACUCGUAGUCAAGCUGAGUUUUGUCCUGCCUGCGGCCUACUCUCAAACAGCUACGAAGUAACCGGCUUAAGCCACGAACGUACCGGCAAGGUAAUUUUCUCUUUCUCUUUUGGGCAAUUCAUGCUCUUAGUUGGCGUUGGUAGUGUAGCAGUUGGCAAAGAGGAAAUUUGGGGGAAUCAUUUGCAUUUUAUAAGCUUCAUGGGUGGCUUUUAUUGCCAGAACUUGUAAACAUGACAUUUCCAUAUUUAUCUCCAUGAGACGGCGUUCCGUUCCAGCUUUCAAAUACAUCUGCACGAAAUCCUCACUGGUUUCACUUCUGUAUCCUGCUCGAGGGUAACUUGGCACGUGUAGAAAAAUGACUAGCAAUGCGAGGGACAACAGCUAAAAGGUGAACUGCAAGCUGAAA